GAAACUGUUUAUGUACGGAUGACUUUCACGGAACACCUCAAUGUGUCAUCAUGCAAUGCUAGGUGUUAGCUUGUUUUAAGCUUUUUCCUUUAAGAAUUUAACUGUUUAACUUUCUUUUAAUCAACAUUCCUGUCGUAUCCGAUCAGAUAUUUAUCUUCCAAGAGUCAUAUUUAAAUGAAUUUAAUUUAACCCCAGAACGCCAGUAACUUUGAAUGCUAGUUGCUAACAGUUAGCCAAUUGCUAACAACACUGACUGGAGCAGACUUCCAUGCGUCUGCGACUCCUUUCCCCUCCACGCAGGCGAUCAAAACUAGUAAACAGGACCUAGACAGACAUCAUGGAGCUCCAAGCGGUGUUAAUGGCGGCUGGCGGUGGUUCCCGGAUGACUGAUUUAACGUACAACACCCCUAAAGCCAUGCUGCCCGUCGGCAACAAGCCCCUUAUCUGGUAUCCCUUGAAUUUGUUGGAAAGGGUGGGAUUUGAAGAGGUCAUUGUGAUCACCACUAAAGAAGUGCAGAAGAUGAUGAGUACAGACCCUAAAGUGAAGGUGGACGUGAAGAUGAAGCUGGACGUGGUUUGUAUCCAGGAGGAUGCAGACAUGGGCACUGCUGAUGCUCUCAGACACAUUCAGCAGAAGAUUAAGACGGACAUCCUCGUUGUGAGCUGCGACCUGAUAACGGAUGUGGCGCUCCAUGAGGUGGUUGACCUUUUCAGGGCCCACAAUGCAACACUAGCCAUGCUAAUGAGCAAAGCCCAUGAAUUCACAGAGACCGUCCCGGGGCAGAAGGGCAAGAAAAAGACCGCCGAGCAGAGAGACUUCGUGGGUGUGGAUCAGUCGGGUCAGCGGCUGCUCUUCAUGGCCAAUGAAGCAGACCUGGAGGACGGCCUCUCCAUUAGGAAGUCUGUCAUUAGAAAACAUCCCAGAAUGCACAUCAAAACAGGCCUGGUGGAUGCUCACCUCUACUGUCUGAAAAAGGCUGUGGUUGACUUUCUUUCUGAAAACAAGUCCAUUUCAUCGAUCCGUGGCGAGUUGGUGCCAUAUUUGGUGCGUAAGCAGUUUUCCAAAACAACAAACAGUGAAAAAAUUAAAGACGACUGCGAAGAUCAAACCCAGAAAAAGAGCGACAGCUCUACAGACCAUGAACUUUUCAUCUCAUCCCGGGAUGAACCCCUCCUCCAGCGAGCCCAGGAACUCUCCUGUUGGAAUGACCAUCGUGGGGACAUGAGUGAAGCGUACCACGGAGGAAAGCUGCGCUGUUACGUCCACAUUAUGGAGCAGGGACUGUGCUGCCGUGUGAACACGCUGGCUGCUUAUAUAGAGGCAAACCGGCUGGCCCCAAAGCUGUUUGAAGAACCAGCAGUCCACCCAUCUUCAGUCAUUUCUGAGAGAUGUCAGAUGGGAUCCGACAGUAUCAUCGGAGCUCUCUGUCAGGUGGCAGAUAAAACCUCCAUAAAAAGAUCCACCAUUGGAAACUCCACUACAGUUAAAGAAAAAGUCAAAGUCGCCAACUCCAUUAUCAUGCACGGGGUUACCAUCGAGGAGGGAUGCAACAUCCAGGGCAGCGUGAUCUGCAGUAAUGCAGUCAUUGGCAGAGGAGCAGACCUCAAAUAUUGCCUGGUUGGAAAUGGACAGCGGAUUGAACCAGAAGCCGAACGGACUAACGAGGUCAUCGUCGGAACGGACCAGCUGAUGGAGAUCUAGCUUUUUUGGGAAAGAAAAGUCCUCUUUCACUGACCCAGAGGAAAAGCAAUUCUCCAGAGGACUGAAGGAGCAGGACUGUUUGGUGCUGCUCUCACUUUCUUUUUUUUAAACUCUGGGCUCUAAUAAAGGCAAACGUGCUGCUACCAAA